GACAUGCUGGAUAUCGUAAUAUUCGUGUUAUCGAUGAGGAAUCCGGGGUUACUACAUAUUGGUACAAGAUGGGGACAUAUAUUACAUAAUCCUCUGCCAGAUUUCUAAUGUGUUUGGCAUUAGUGUUAAUGAGGUUGCCUCAAAAAAUCACCACCGCUAAGUGGCUGAUUAGUAGUAUGAUAGGUGACCACAUGCAAAUCCUGGCUGUUGAAUGCUUUUCCGCCUCCUCCUCCUCUUCUUCUUUUUCUUUAUCUUUGGACUCUAUUCCUUGUGCAAUUUGCCGACCAUGGCAUAUAAAAUGGGCAAAAUUGAUCCCCCACGGAGGUAUUUGGUAACAAAUGACUGGUUAUAUGAGUUCCGAACAAACAUCAAAUAAUAUUUAGAUGAUCUAAUCAUACCACCACACAUUCACA